CAUUCAACAAUCCCAAUCGCUAUACAGUGUGCGCCGCAAUGGCAUCUAGCUCACAGAAGACGAUACCUUAUCGACCUCUCGAUCCAUCGCGGGUCGAGAUCCGGGUCAUCAGCAUGUCCCCUGAUUCGAACCUGGCCGGCAGCAGCAUAGACUCACCCAUCUCUAUCUCUCUUCAUAUAGUCUCUCUCAAUGAUCCGAGCGUCAGCUAUUUUGCCCUUUCUUAUGUCUGGGGAGAUGCAAGCAAUACAACCUCUAUCACGGUGGAUGGCGCUCCCUUCGCAGCAACGGCCAACCUUGCUGCCGCUCUCAGGGUUUUUCGAACUACUUUCGGCGGACAGCCUAAUAAGUACCUUUGGGUUGAUGCGGUAUGCAUCAAUCAAGACGACAUGCCUGAGCGUAUCGCACAGGUCGAGCUCAUGGGCCGCAUCUACCGACAGACAUCGAAGGUGCUGGUUUGGCUGGGCCCAGGCGACGAUCAUGUUUGUGCGUUGUUUACCUUUCUCCGUGUAUGGUCCAAGACCUUACAGAUCUGGAUACACCCCAUCGACACUUUCAUCGAAGUGUUCGUUGAUCGGCCUUACUGGAGCCGGACUUGGACCUUUCAGGAACUACAGCUACCAGAAGAGGGCAUCUUG